CCGGCCAGGCCCGCCCGCCCCACCGGGGGCAACGGCAGCCGCUGCGCCGGGCCCGGCUGGAGCCGCUCGGGGGUGCCGGCGGCGGGCGCUCUGAGGGAGGAGCGGGUGCGCUGCCGCCGCUUCCUCCUACGCGGGGGCCGGAAGGCAGCGCGGCCCGGCAGCGGGAGAGGGCCGGGCCUCGGCGGUAGUGCCGCCGCUGCGGGUCAGCCACCCAGCCUUCCGCAGUGGGGGCGGGCAGGCCGGGGGAAGGGCCGGGCCCGCCGCCGCGCUGGGCGAUGGAGUGAGGGAGCGCUGCGCGGCAGCGGGAAGAUGGCCGGUGGCGGCGGCGGCGGUUGCAGAGACAGCUUGUUUCUGGAAGCUUUGGAUAGAUCACAGUCCAAGAGAGAUGGAGGUUUUAAAAGUAAUUGGAGCUUUGAUCAUGCAGAAGAAAGUGAAGGAGAUGCAGAGAAAGACGAGGCAAAUCUGCUCAGUUUAGAUGACAGUGAUGGGCCUUUCAGUCCCAAUGAAGAAAAAAAGUCAUUUCGUUGUCGACCUGGGACUAUUGGCACCAGCAGUGAUGCCAUAAAAGCAUAUUCAAGGAGAGGCAAAGCUGGAAGCUUCAAACUUUUAAAAGGGAAUGCAAUCGGCCUCAACAUGAUGGGAAAUAGCAAGAAGCUGAGUGAAAAUGCUCAGAAUAUUUCUGGUCCUGUAACUGUGGUACAUGGCAGACGUUUUCACCAUGCACAUGCACAGACAACCGUAGUAAAAACAGCAGCCCAAAGCAAUCUGGAUCGAAAGGAAAGGAAAGAAUAUCCACCUCAGCUUCAGAAAGUAGAGGCAGACCACAUUAGAUUACCACGRUCUCAAGGAGUGGACAGUGUAAUGGAAAAUGAUGAAUCAGAAUCAGAAUCUGAAAUUAAGAGAAAGGUGCGACAGAAAGGUCAUUGCAAUUCAUAUCAAUCGGACUUGAGUCUAUCCUCUGCUACAAAAAAAUGCUUAACUCAGUCAAAGCUUUUGGAACAGAUUGAUUAUUCUACUGAUUGCCCAAAUUGUGGGAGGGCAAAUGAAAAUCAGACCAAAUGCCGACAUUGUGAAAGUGCUUCUCUGAAGGAUUUGCAAAGAGUCUCCAGACAAACUGUGACAUUAAGUGAAUCUGUGGGACCUUUAUCACGUUCUUCAAUACAUCAGAAUUCAACAGGGCAAAAAUCUUCAGGUACAGGGUUCAGCACAAAGAAGUUUUAUAGUUCUGCUGUUGGAAAAGGUCCAGCGGAUAUUCUACUGAGUAAUGAGGUUGUAGGACAUUCUAUGUUACGACAGAAUGGAAAAGUUGGUCUUAUAACUGGGACAAAAAAUCCUAAAAUUACAGGAAGCUUAAGACAGAGGACUGCAAGACCGUCUGAACUAAAUGAUCCAAUUGUUUUGUCUAGUGAUGAUGAUGAGGACGAGAAUAGUGGCAGCACUAGGAGCAUGGAAAGCAUUUCACCUCGUCCUGCAGAUUCAGCCCGCUCCUCCCCAGCUCCUUCUACAGGAAAGGUGGAAGCAGCAUUAAAGGAAAACAGUUGUGGAGUAGAACAGAGAAUAGGUAGUAUAACAACAGAUACAGAAAUUGCAGUCACACUACCAAGAAAAGCAAGAAUGAAAGAUCAGUUUGGGAACAUUGUGUCUAACGCUCCAAUAAAACGUCGCAAAGUUAUUUCUCAAGAAAUGGUAACUGAGGCUGUACCUCUGAAUUACCAAACUUCCUGUGAAAGUGUCAUUCUGAACUGCCGAAGUAUACGAAUAGGAACACUGAGAAGAAUGGUAGUGGAACCUGUGAUUUUUUGCCUGGAUUAUAUCAAAAUACGYCUAGAGAGUCAAGAAGAAUCAGAAAGUGAUGUCAGAGAGAUCAACCUGAAAACUUCAGAGCUUACUAAAUGUGAAUGGUGUAGUGUCCGCAAAUUGCCAGUUGUUUUCCUUCAAACAAUACCUUCAACCUGUAGUAGUCUGAGAGAACAACUGAAAAUGAGUAAAGAUAAUGUCUGGUAUGAAUGUAAAGGAGAGAGUCAGGAAGAACAGUACAUAAUUUUGAUUUUUGAAACUGGUCUUGAUCCUCAUGCAAAUUCAAUAUUUGAAAAAAUAAUUAUGGACAUUGGUAUUAGAAAUAAUAUUUCUGACUUCUUUGUGAAAAUUUCCUUUGAAGAAGCCAAUGCCAGGCUUGUUGCAUUUACUAAGUGCUUGGAAGAAAAUUCCAAAGGAAGCCCAUGUCACAGAGAAAGCAAAAUAAAAAAUGUUGUUUCUGAGUCCAAAGUGCAGCAGCGAAAUAAACAGUUGCCAUUUUUUGAUGAUGAUGAAGAAAUUGGCGAACCCCAUACAGUAUUUAUUGGUCCUAUAGAAAAGUUGAUAGUUUAUCCACCUUCUCCAGCUAAAGGUGGUAUUUCUGUGACCAACGAAGACCUCCAUUGUCUAAAUGAAGGAGAAUUUUUAAAUGAUGUUAUUAUUGAUUUUUAUUUAAAGUAUUUGGUACUUGAAAAGCUGAAAAAAGAAGAUGCUGAUAGAAUACAUGUGUUCAGUUCAUUUUUCUAUAAACGCCUUAAUCAAAGAGAAAGAAGAAAUAUUCAUGAAACUUCAAACCUUUCAAUACAGCAGAAGCGACAUGGGCGAGUAAAAACAUGGACGCGGCAUGUUGACAUUUUUGAGAAAGAUUUCAUUUUUGUUCCUCUUAAUGAAGCUGCCCACUGGUUUUUGGCUGUUAUCUGCUUUCCUGGUUUAGAAAAACCRAAAUAUGAACCAAAUCCCCAUUAUCAUGAAAAUGCUACAAUGCCGAUGAAAUCUUCCUCUUCAGAUGGAGAGAGCAGCACACCAUCUCCUUUGCCAAAUGAAUUAGAUGCACAAAACUCGCCUUCCAAGUCCACAGCAAAGAAGACGUUUACCAAAAAGUACAGUACAGCUUUAAUUGACCCAAACACUGAAACAGAGGACAGUGAAUCUUCGUGUUGUAGAAGAAGUCCUUGUAGGGYAAAAAGUGCUUUCAAAAAACUGAAUCAAACAGACAGUGAUGUGGAAGAACCUAACACUGUGGAAUCAGCAKGCCAUAAAUUAGACCAUAGAACUCUGGAUGAAAAUGGUAUACAGGGUGAAUUCACAGCUGCUAGCCAAUCUAUGGAUGGAUUGCACAAAAUCAGACUUAACUAUAGUGAAGACUCAGCUGAUGGCAGUAAACUAAAUGAAGAUGAGCUUAUAGAUUUUUCUGAAGACCAAGAUAACCAGGACGACAGUAGUGAUGAUGGUGGCCUUGUAGAUGAUAACUGUAAUUCAGAAAUGGGACAAUGGUACCUGAAGCCAACUAUCUGCAAACAGCCCUGCAUUUUGCUUAUGGACUCACUGAGAGGCCCUUCCCGGUCAAAUGUUGUGAAAACACUACGGGAAUACUUAGAGGUGGAAUGGGAAGUCAGGAAAGGCAGCAAAAGAAGCUUUUCCAAAGAGGUCAUGAAAGGUUCCAAUCCAAAAGUGCCACAGCAAAACAACUUCAGUGAUUGUGGAGUGUACAUCCUGCAGUAUGUGGAGAGCUUUUUUGAGAACCCCAUUUUGAGUUUUGAGCUACCAAUGAACUUAACAGACUGGUUUCCACGCCCAAGAAUGAAAACCAAAAGAGAAGAAAUAAGAAAAAUAAUCCUGAUGCUCCAGGAACAGCAGAACAAGGACAAGAAGGGACAGAAAGACCCAAGUUCAAUUUUGCAGGAAAAGACAGAACAACUUAACAACAACAGCUCAGACUGAAUGUUGUAUCUGUUGCAUGUUAGCUCCACAAUCAAAAUGGAAACCUACAUUUUUUGUCUGCCCAGAUUAAAAAUUUGGCGUGUUCUCUGCUCAGAGUUA